GUCAAAGUUGAAAACAGAUGUUUUGUGAAUAUAUAUUGAAAACUUUCGUAAUUCAAGCUGCGCUCGUCUCAUUCAACGUAAUCCAGCAAGAUGAAACACUUCGGAUCAUUGUGCAUAUUUCUUAUCUUAAUUCAUUUUAGUACCCAAAAUCCAAAAUAUGUAAACUGUCCCGAAAAUAUGAUGGGUGGUAAUCCUUGUGAAUGUUGUGAAGUGCAAUGUUUGUCAGCGAAAGACAUAACACUUAAAGCAUGUCCUGUUGCUAACUGCCCCCCAGGGACACAAAUCGGAUAUCAUGAAGAUAAAACAAAAGAAUACCCAGGGUGUUGCGGAUAUCCUAUUUGCAAUAGUAUAAAGUAAUAGUAAUAAAAAUGCGUGUAUACACAUAUUACUGCGUAAAUAAAAAAGUUUACAGGUGUAUAAUGACAACUAAU